AUGAAUGAACAGCAACUAGAAAAUAUAAAUGAGGCGUUAAUGAAUCAGCCUAAUAUCAAACAAAUAAUCAGAGAUUACAAGUUUGUUUUUCCUUGUCCUCAUUGUGAAAAAGUAAUUAAUGACGAUCAUUUUAACAAAGAACACAAAGCAUUUAAUUAUAUUAAAUUAGAAACCAAUCGAACUUAUGAAAAUCUUCCAGCGGUGAAAGAAUUAAAAGAAAAUUUAGAAAAACAAACCAAAAGAAUUGCUGAAUUACAAUCUUCUGAAUAUGUUGAAAGUUUAGAAAGAGUGAAAAAAUUAGUGAUAGAAAACCAAGAAUUAAGACAACAGAAUCAGAACUUUUUAUUAGCCCAAAAUCGACCCAUUAAACGCAAAGGAGAAUUAUUUGAACAAUAUGUGGCCGAGGAAUUGAGCCGUGUUUUUGAUGACAAAGAUAAAAUCAGUAAAUUAACUCAGUUAGGAAAAAAAGCAGACUUCCUCCAAGAAGUAUUAACCGAAACCGAGCCUCGUCAAGUGGCUGCCGAUUUUGGAAUUAUCAUUGCUGCUUGUGAAAAUGGCAAGCCUUUACGUUGUCUUGACCCUCGUAAAAAAAUCUAUGUUAGUGAUGAAACUAAUUUUAUUUAUGUUGCUAAAAUAAUGCGUGAUUCUUUAAUUCAAAAGCAUAAUUUACUAGAAAAUGUUAACUCUGACAAAGAAAAACGCCUCAAAAAUUUAGAUGAAUGA